CCCGGCGGCGCCCAUGGCCCGGCAGCCCCGGCCCGCAGCCCCGGCAGAAAAAUCCCCUCGGAGCCCGCAGCGAGCACACCCUCAACCUCCACCGCUCUGCCCACCCUGCUGAGGACAACUCCUGGGGGCAGGCAGCGCUGUCCCGUGCGGGUGGCACAGGGGCAGCUCGUGGGCAGCAGGUGCUGAGGGGCUGCUCUCGCAGGCCGCCCUCUGCCAUCAUGAUGGAGAAAGGGCCCCCCAACUCCAGCGAGGGCCAGCAAGGCUGGUUCUCAGCCAGGAACGGCAGCGGCAGCUCCUUGGAUCUGGAGUCUGUGGUGCAACCGCUGGCCUUGAACCCGUGGGACGUUGUCCUCUGCAUCUCGGGGACCAUCAUCUCCUGCGAGAACGCCAUCGUGGUGGUGCUCAUCUUCCACACGCCGGCUUUCCGCGCCCCCACCUUCCUCCUGAUCGGCAGCUUGGCCACCGCCGACCUCCUGGCGGGCUUGGGGCUGAUCCUGCACUUCGCCUUCGUGUACUUCAUCCCGUCAGGAGCGGUCAGCCUGCUCACCGUGGGGCUGCUGGUCACCUCCUUCACGGCCAGCGUCAGCAGCCUGCUGGCCAUCACCAUCGACCGCUACCUGUCCCUCUGCAACGCCCUGACCUACUACUCGGAGAGGACGGUCACCAGGACUUACAUCAUGCUGAUCCUCGCCUGGGGAGCCUCCGUCUGCCACGGGCUGCUGCCCGUCGUGGGCUGGAACUGCCUGAAGGAGCCGUCCGCCUGCAGCGUCGUCAAACCGCUGACCAAGAGCCACCUCACCGUCCUCUCCGCCUCCUUCCUGGCGGUGCUGCUGGUGAUGCUCCAGCUGUACGUGCAGAUCUGCCGCAUCGUGUGCCGGCACGCCCAGCAGAUCGCCGUGCAGAGGCACUUCCUGGCCAGCUCGCAGUACGUCACCACCCGCAAGGGCAUCGCCACCCUGGCCGUCAUGCUGGGCACCUUCGCGUCCUGCUGGCUGCCCUUCGCCGUCUACGGGCUGCUGGGGGACUGCGGCCGGCCGGGCCUGUGCGCCUACGCCGCGCUGCUGCCCGCCGCCUACAACUCGCUGCUGAACCCCGUGCUCUACGCCUUCCGCAACCAGGAGCUGCAGAAGGGGCUGUGGGCCGCGUGCUGCGGCUGCUGCCCCGCGCCGCCCUGCCGCGCCCGCUCCCCCAGCGACGUCUGACCCCCGGCCUCGCGCACCCACGGGGGAUCUGCCCCGAUUCCCCCUUUUCGUCCCCAGAGGCACACUGCAGGAGCUCUUGGGAACAGGCGGCUCUUCCCGGCCUCGGCCUCUUUUGGGCACAACCCCUUCUUUUCCUCUAUUUUUCCACUUUUUGAAUAGAGAGAAAGACGUAUUUUUUAUCCAUAAUGUAAUCUAUAUUUAUGCGUGAGAGAGAGGGGGCUGAUCCUCAUAUUUUCUUUAAAACUAUUUACGAUGCUUUAUUUUUUUAAGGGUGGGGAAACGCCAGGAACGUUCACCCCCCUCUUGUUCUUUUUACAACCUUGUUAUUUACCUCAGAUGGUCAAAAUAUAUUUUAUACAUUUGGGGAAGGGGAGGAGAGACUCGUUGCCAGAGGAGGAGGGACUCAACCCCCUCCCCCCCUUCUCCCAGCCGUCCAUUUAUUUAUUUAUUGGUAUUUGAAUUAUUAUUUAAUUUGAUUUCUAUGCCUCCCUCCCGCCGCCCAGCGCUGGGCCCUGCUGCCCUCUAGUGCUCGCUGCCUUCGGGAGGCUCUGCACCCCCAAACCCACAAGUUUUGGGGUCCUCUGUGCGCUGCCACCCCCCCUCACGGCCCCCAGGGCUCCCCUGCCAAAGCCUUUCUUUGCACUGGGAUUGGAUUUGCACAUUUCUGGGGAGAUGGGUGUGAAGGGCCCCUGGGAUGGGGACCCCUGGGAUGGGGACCCCUGGGAUGGGGACCCCUGGGAUGGGGACCCCUGGGAUGGGGACCUCUCGGUGGGUCAGGGUGGGGGGG